AUGUACCGACCGUGCAGAGCUGGUUCACAUGGAAGGACCCGGCAUGGUGCCCAGCUGAUGCAGCGACUCUUCAAAUCUGCUUCGAUAUUCGGUACACGCGAAGUUCGAAGACGACGGAUCUUGAUCAUGAAGCGGAGCGACGCGAGUCUGCCGGACGCGUCGACGUCGUGUGCUCGUAUGGACCGGCGAGCGCUGGCGCAGCGGCUCGCGGACCUCCAAGGCGACGUGUCCAAGCUGGCGUCGCGGCUGGCCGCCCCGGCGACCGGCCGGACGCGGCCGCUAGUGGCCGCUGUACGUGACGUGGCACCUGCAGCUACGGCACCGCCAGGGCCAAGCGCGGCGCGGCGCAACCAGGGCUCAUCGACGAUUCCUGGCGGGCGCAUGGGCAAUCUCAUUCGUCUCCAGCGCGAUCUGCAUGACCUCCAGAACGAGAACGACCACCUGCGCUUCGAAAUGGACCAGAUGAAGCGAUCAAUGGCUGCAGCGCACGCCAAGCUGCGCGGCUACGAUGCACUCCACGGCGCGUACGUCGAUCUCCAAGCGCAGUGCGCAACGCUGCAGGAGUCGCUCGAGCUCUCCGAGUCGAUUCGCGCACGCCAAAAGAUGAUGCUGCAGAAAAGCCACCACGAUACCUCAGUUCACCAGCAGGAUGCGUCAGUUCUUAGAGUGCCAGCGCCGAGCCGGACAGCGCCACAGAGCACCGUCGAGACCAAGACUACACGCACUUUCGACCCCAUCGAGAGUCGACAUCCUAGCUUUACUAUUGCUCUGGAUGCUACAACGCUAUCCACCAAGUCGAAGCGAAAGUUGCCAACUGCCAAGACGAAGCGAUCUACGACCAAGAAAUCGCUGCUGGCCACUGCGCAGAGCUCCCCCGAGCCGCCCCCGCUGCGCAAACUCAAAGCAAAACCAUUCACAUCUGUAGCACCACCCGCCAAGGCCGCCGUGAUUGCAACUCGCCGAAAGCCCGCCUUCGAGUCAAGCUUUUUAGCCCCAACACGUGCGAGCCAGGCAAGGACCCAAGACACCCUUCGCCGUACCAAGUCGACGACGUACCACCCGAUACAUCGAUAG